AUGCCAGUUGAAAUUAAGAAGCAGUUAGCUCGUGAAAAGGGAGAUAACAGUUGGUUACUAGAAGAUCUGCGUCGUGCAAUCAAUAGGGAGAUUGGAAUCCUAGAAACAGGUAACAUCCGUAGCGAACCGGAAGUAGAGGAGUUCAGCGCAACAGCGUCAUUUCAUACAGGAGCGAAAUAUAGGAAACCCCCCACGCCCACAAAUCCCGCCACCCCCAAUUACCCAAGACCUUCAACCGGAAGUUCAUCACACAGACCCGAGAUAAAGUGCGCCUUUUGUGAUAGUGACCACAAAUCCCAUGAAUGUAAAACCCACCCAGAUGCAGAAUCCCGUCUGAAAAUAGUAAAAGAGAAACACUUGUGUUUUAACUGUUUAGGCACUCACCAAGUAGCUAAAUGCGGUUCAAGGAGACGAUGCCAAUUCUGCCAGCGAAAACAACAUACGGCAAUUUGCAAAUCAGGAGAAAAGGACAACCAGACGAAAAACGCCGAGACUGCAUCGCCGGAAACAGCCGUACUUCAUUCAUGCACGAGCCUUCCAGACAAGGAUGUAUUGUUAAAAACUGCCAUAGCAACCGUAUCGUCUGUGAAAGUACAGACUGAAGCAAACAUCUUAUUCGAUGAGGGUGCCCAGAAGUCGUUCAUUACGGAACAAUUGGCACAGGAACUUGAACUCCCUAUACAAGGCACAGAAACUAUAUACUUAUCGUCGUUCGGGAGCACUAGCAACAAAGCACAGCAAACAGAUGUGGCUAUAGUGAACGUUGUUACAGAUAGAGGCCAGAAGAUCCCGAUACGAGUAUUAAUAGUACCUACCAUUUCAACGCCCCUCAACCAGAGAUACCAACAAUCAGUGUCCGAUUUACCGUAUCUACAAGGUCUUAAACUCGCCCAUCCAGUUACAGGAAACUCCAUAUUUACAAUUUCGAUGCUGAUAGGUGCAGACUUUUACUGGGAUAUCGUUGAAGAUCACAUAGUACGUGGAAAUGGACCCACCGCUGUGAGAUCAAAGAUCGGCUACCUGUUAUCGGGACCUUUCCAAGCACAAAACAACCGAGCUACAGAUCACGUGUUCAAUGUAAUGGCGUCGCCUAUGACAACGGACGUAUUAGAACGUUUUUGGAAUCUGGAGAGUAUGGGAGUUACUCAGAGCGACGAGAAUAUAGACAAGACACGCUAUUUCAAGGAUUACCAGACUUCAUCCAUAGAAUACGAGAACGGACGGUACACUGCCAAAUUACCUUGGAAACUAGACCACUCGCCCCUCCCUAGUAACUACGACAUAGUGAAAGCAAGAACCGAGAGUACUCUGAGAAGACUACGUAGAGAGCCCCAUCUACUCCAGAAAUAUGACGAAAUCAUUGCUGAACAGGAACGACGUGGUUUUAUUGAGAGAAUUGAUAACGAUACCCCACCCACAGGACAACUCCACUACAUUCCCCACCACCCAGUGAAAAAGGAUUCAGCGACCACGCCCAUUCGGAUAGUAUAUGAUUGCAGCUGCCGCACAUCUACCCAGUUCCCAUGCUUGAAUGAUUGUUUAGAGUCGACCCCACCCAUGUUGAAUGACCUUACCACCAUACUAGUGAAAUUCCGUCUCCAUGGUUACGCCAUCACAACAGACAUUGAGAAAGCCUUCCUUCAUGUCGGAUUAAAUGAAGGAGACCGAGACGCUACCAGAUUUCUAUGGACAAGCGAUACUUCUAAUCCCAACAGCCCAUUACAAACUUACCGUUUCAAGUCCGUGUUAUUUGGUGCCACCUGCUCGCCAUUCAUGCUUAGUGCGACCAUUUUGAAACAUCUUGAAAUAAACAAGCACGUGCCCGCAGCCAAGGUCAUCGAGAAAGAUAUAUACGUGGACAAUAUACUUUCAAGCUUCGAGAAAGAGUCAGAUCUACUAACCUACUUCACAGAGUCCCGACGUUUGAUGUCCAGCGCAUGUAUGAACCUCCGUUCAUGGACCUCCAACAGUGAAACACUUAGAUCCCGUGCAAAAAAAGAGAAUGUGCUAGAUACGGACGAAGUUGUUAAGAUACUUGGAAUGAGAUGGAACCCGGUCAAGGAUGAAAUGUCAUUUGCUGAAAGAAACAUCCCAAUCCUAGAUGUCGUUACGAAGAGAACCAUUCUAAAACACUCAUCCCAGAUCUAUGACCCCCUUGGUCUACUUAGCCCCGUGUCCGUCAGUGCAAAGAUCUUACUUCAAGAACUAUGGAAAGCCAAAUAUGACUGGGAUACCGCUUUACCCGAUCAUAUAUGCGAGACCUGGAACCAGCUAGCUAAAUCCCUCAACAGAGCUACAGGUGUGAACUUUUCCCGACAAUUCUUACCCUCAGUGAACAGUGAAACCAGCCUUCAUAUAUUUGUAGAUGCAAGCGUCAAAUCCUACGGAACAGCAGCCUACAUUUGCGACCAAUCACAAUCUAGACUCGUAAUGGCAAAGAACAGAGUAGCGCCACUAAAGACAUUAACCCUACCCCAACUUGAACUGAUGGCAGCAUUGAUUGGAGCAAGACUUUCAUCCCACCUACAAAAGUCCAUACCCCCACAGAAAGUGACAUUUUGGUCAGACAGCCAGAUUGUACUCCACUGGCUAACUACAUCCAAAUCAUUGAAACGCUUUGUCCAAAACCGAGUAGACGAAAUCCACCAGCUAACAGAUCAAUCACCAUGGAGGUAUUGCCCCACCCAUGAAAACCCAGCAGAUUUACUGACACGUGGUGUAUCAGCAGAUACCUACCUUGACAACCAGUUAUGGAACGCCGGUCCGACAUGGUUACCUCACUCAGAAGAAUGGCCUACUUGGAAAUACGACCAGUCAAUUCUGCAGAAGACAUCCGAAAGUGAAGACACGAGUUCUCAGCAGGCGACAAAUGUGGUAAUGUUAAAUUGCACGGAGAUCACGGGCGUUCAUAGAGCCAUCAACAUAGAGAAGUACAGUACUUACCUGAAAUUACUUCGCGUCACCGCUUAUGUACACAGAUUCAUCCGCAACUGCAGAAGACCAAGAGAUGAAAGACUAACCAACAGCUUGUCAGCAACAGAACUAAAAGAGGCAGAAGUUAAAUGGCUGAGAUCGUGUCAAACAACCAACUUUCAAGAUGAAGUAGAAAAUCUUCAAUCAAACAGUACCCGUUUACCGCUUGUUAAGCAACUUAGAUUGUACCUGGACCAGCAAGGAUUACUUCGUUGUGGUGGUAGAAUUCAUAACGCCCCCUUGGAGUAUGAUGUCAAAUUUCCCUACCUCUUACCAAAGAAACAUGUCCUGACCAAAUUGAUUGUGUUCGAUGUCCACAAGAACCAACUUCAUUCCGGAGUUAACAGCACCAUUACACAGAUCAGACAGAAGUACUGGAUACCAUCCAUCCGCCAGUGUGUAAGAUCGUUACUAAGGACAUGUAUACAGUGUACCAGAGUAACCGGAAGACCCUAUGCAGCACCAGACCCACCUCCCCUCCCCAAAGUCAGAGUAAGCGAAGCCCCACCCUUCAGCGUCACAGGUGUAGAUUUCACUGGCGCAUUAUUUGUAAAGAACGCUACCGGAAGUGAAACGAAAUGCUACAUCUGCCUUUUUACAUGCGCAUCAACAAGAGCCGUCCAUUUGGAAGUUGUACAAGACCUAUCAACCGACUCGUUCCUUCAAGCGUUCCGUAGAUUUGCCAGCCGGAAGUCGUUGCCCAUGGUGAUGAUAUCAGACAAUGCUUCGACUUAUAUUGCUGCUGCUAAUCACCUUAAGAAGCUAUUCAACUCCCAAGUCGUACAAGAGGAGCUCAGCAGAAAGGGAACAGAGUGGCGAUUUAUUCCCAAACGUGCACCAUGGUACGGUGGUUUUUGGGAACGUCUCAUUGGACUCACUAAGACGUCUCUAAAGAAGAUCCUCGGAAGACGAUACGUUUGCAUGGAAACGUUGCAGACGAUAGUGACAGAGAUUGAAGCUGUUAUCAACGAUAGACCGCUAACGCACGUAUCAUCAAGCAUCGACGACUUGGAGCCGUUAACGCCAUCACAUCUUCUUUAUGGCCGCAAGAUGACGUCACUUCCGCAUCACACACAUUUAUCCGACGAUGAAAUGACGCAAAUUCAAAGUGACCAGACGACACUAACCAAUCGGGCGAAGCAGCAGUCAGACAUCAUCGAACAGUUCUGGAGACGUUGGAAGUCGGAGUACUUAACUGCCUUAAGAGAGUUCCACACAACAACGGGCUCUAACGAGAAACGCAUUAGGGUCGGAGAUGUCGUGCAGAUAUACGAUGAGGGACCACGUAUCCGUUGGAAACUUGCUGUAGUCCUAGAGCUGAUGACCGGAAAUGAUGGUUCAGUCCGUGCCGCGAAGAUAAAGACGAAACGUGGAAUAACAAAUAGACCAAUAGUGAAACUCUAUCCAUUAGAAACAGUCAGUGAUGUUGAAUAG